CUGUUUUUUUCCUCCCUCCCAACGCGACAUCCCCCGACGUCAUCCUCCGAUUGCGAAAUUGCCGACCGCAACCAAUCCUAUCCACCUCCUGCGACAACCCGACUCUCAAGCCCAGCCGGCCGGCCCUCACCAUCCAAAGCCAAAGGGGUCGAUCAAAUCUGUCUGCCCAUCUUCGAUCUCAUCCGCAAACCCGCCGCACCCUAUCUCACUAUGGGAAAACGCAAGAAGAGCUCGAGAAAGCCGCAGGGCAAGAAGAAGUCUGAUCCCCUGCCUACCAUAUUCACCUGCCUGUUCUGCAACCACGAGAAGUCCGUCACCGUCGACAUGAACAAGAAGGCUUUUGUUGGCGAACUGGAGUGCAAGGUCUGCGGCCAGAAGUUCCAGUGUAGCAUCAACUAUCUGUCGGCAGCAGUCGAUGUGUAUAGCGAAUGGGUUGACGCAGCCGAUGCUGUAGCGAAAGAUAACGAUGGCACCAGCGGCCCCGCGUCCUCGUCAGCCUACCGUAGAGGGUCGAAACCAUCCGCCGUCGAUCGGUACGGCGACGAUGAAGAGGACCGGAGAUACGAGGGUGACGGAAUCGUGCCAGACGAUGACGAGGACUUAGACUGAGCCGCCAGGGCAAUUUAACAUAGUUACGCAUCACAACCAUACGACCUAAUCAUGACGGUGCCACGAUACCUUGCGGACUAAGGAAUCUUAGAUAUUUAAAUAGGAUAUACUGGGUUACCACGCUCUCUAGCUUAGGAAUAAUGCCAAUCGGCUUGACGGUCGACU